AUGGGUAACAACAUUUCGUACCAAGAAACGCCAGUUGAGCUUAGCUUGGGCAACCGAGGCAAGAUCCGCGGCCUCCAAUUUGACGACAAAACUCGCCGCUUCACCGGAGUCCCUUACGCCCUGCCACCGACUGGCGAGCAUAGGUGGCGCAAGCCGCGACCUUUGCCCGCUUCAUACACUUACGCCAACGCUGACGGGGGUGUAUACGACGCAACAAAGUUCAGAGCAGUCUGCCCUCAAAAGGUCUGGGGCGUCGUGAAGCCCGGUGUCGGAGAGAACACCUACAGCGAGGACUGUUUGUUCGUCAACAUCUGGACCCCAGCACCCAAGGAGGGCGACGAGAACAGAAAAUGGCCGGUGAAGCUCUGGAUCCACGGGGCUGGAAUGGAUGCGACGGAGUUGAUCACCACGGGCGGACUCAACGCGAUUGUUGUGGCCAUCGGUUACCGUCUGAACAUUUUCGGAUUCCUUGCUGGAGAGGCUCUCUUGAAUGACAGCAAUGGCGAGGCGGGCGGCAACUUUGGUUUGUGGGAUCAGCGGAUAGCUGCAGAAUGGGUAAGAGAUAACAUUGCCUAUUUCGGAGGAGACCCGCAAAACAUUACACUCGCCGGUCGAAGCGCUGGUGCAUACAGCGCCGAGGCUCAGAUGUUGUAUGAUUUUCGCAAGACUGGCGAAAGCUCCUCGCUGUACCGCCGUAUCUUCAUGGACUCCAACGCCAUUCCCGCACAGCCAAAGUCUCUCCCCGAAGUCCAAGGACAGUUCAACGAGCUGUGCAACCAUUUCAAGAUCGACUCAGGCGUUUCAAAUGGUCAAAAGUUGGAGACACUACGAGGAAAAAGCGUGGAAGAACUUCUGGAAGCAAUCCCUCAUCUGAAAAACCACACCUUCAGGCCAGUUACGGACGACAUUUUUAUCCACUCUGGCAUGAUAGAAUAUCUAAAAAGCAAACAAUUUGCAGAUGAGUUCAAAAAGAGAGGAUACAAGAUCCUCAUCGGUGAGGUCCGCAACGAAGAGACUCUAUACUCAACUUAUAAUCCUCCGACUGAGCCGACCCUCGAUGCUCUUCGGCUGCAGAUCUCCAACUACUACGCGCCUGAUGUUACUGGCCGUGCCAUUAAAGAAUACAAGCUCCCAGAAUCGAGCAAUUUGGAAGACUGGCAGAAGACAUUCGGAUCAAUAAUUUCGGAUGGACAGGUUCGCGCACCCUCUAGGGCACUUGCAAAGGCGCUGGUGGACAACGGUGUCAAUAUAAGAGACGUGUGGCGAUACCAUAUUGGCUACAGACUCUCCUUUAUUGACGAGAAAGUUGCGCCGAUAUCCUUUGGGGUUGCUCAUGCUAUGGACAGGCCCAUUUGGAAUUUUGCGAUUACUCAUGGUCCAACUCCAAGCGAGGAAAUUCUGAUGAAGGACUGGAUCCAGAUUCUGGUGGCUUUCGUGAACAAUAGCGAUACCUACGAUUUUGGAACGAAGACAGUCCAACAGAUGAAGGUCAUGACUCCGGAGGGAACUAUCGAGAUCCGUGCGGACGAGCGGUGGGAUGAGCUUGUGAAAUUAGGCAAGAUUUUUGCAGGCAAGUAG